GAAGGGGCAACGGCGAAAGGAUUGCCUGGCGGAAAGUCGGCAAACACUGGAAAUCGAGAAGCGGAAGAACCGGGUAGCAGCAGGACCUCGCCCUCGGGGGCCAGGCACGCCGACGGGAUUUCUGGGUCGUCCGUCCUCGCGAUGGGCAGCACAGACUCGGCGGGCAGCGCCCAUAAUGGUGGCCCUUCUUGCGGCUUGGUCACAUCCCUUUUCCCAAGUAGCUGCCGCGGUCGAGCGGAGGCCUUCGCCAGACAUCUUCAUCGACGACUGACGUCGCUCGGUGGUGAACACAGUUCCCAACAGAAUACGGAUUCGAAUCCAAAGGAAACAUCCUGGUUACGUACCUCUUCCACGACAAAACCAGUAACGAACAACGCGAUGAGCAAUAACGUUCUACAACACCAGCCCCGUCACCGUCCCGAAACAGAUCUCUGUUACGACUUCGAUUUGGACAUCGAGGACGGGCUCAGUUCACCCGCCGAAGAGGCUACGGCGGCCGAGGUGGCGGAUCUGUUGGUGAACCCGGAAGUGUUGAAGGCGAAUCAUCGCGAAGGUUGCAAUUGCUCGCCGAAUGGCUCGAAGGCGAUGUUGUCCAGUUUGGAUUUAGAAUCAGGUGGCGUGUUCGCCUCGCCUAUCGCGGGAACGUCGCCGGACAGCGACUCCUCGGAUAUCUAUUUCGAUCCGGAGUCUUCGGAUGCAGAAAAAAAGAACGAAGUCUACUUCGAUCCCAUCACGACCUCGGACAGCGAAGUGACUACCUCGAAUCUCUCAAACGGUUGUGAAACAACAAAACGCAAGGGUCUGGUUUACCGUAGAAGGCCGGAGAUCAGUGUCGAACAUUCCGAAGAUACGUCGGAAUCGAGUUCUUCGAUAAGACGGAAUAAUUUCCGUGACAAAGAGUUCAAGAAGGACGAGGUAGUCGGCAAUUCGGAAGACUCGAACGAAAGAAGCUCUUUAGAGACCACGUCGCCCAGUCACGAAUCUCUCUGGAGCACCUUCGAUGAGAAUACUGUGUCCCUUCAGGACGAGAGUCCCUCUAGACUUAGUCCUAAUAUAACUACUCUACAGAAUCGACUACCAAAGUCCCAUUCCGAUUCAGAGAUACCUCUCCAUGGGCCUAGAAUACUGAUCUCUCACGAACUAUGCAGGAGGGAUGAGAAAGUACAAGUCGAUACCGAUGAGGUGGAUUUUGUGAACGGGAUUUCCGAAAAUGGCAAGCUCGAGGACAUCAAAAACGCCAGGAACCUCGUGAAGGAAGAGUCCAGCUCGGAAUCUUCCGAAAAUACGAACGAAGAGGAACUUCCAUACGACGGAGAUAAUUCGAAGGAGUCGAUUCUGUUACAGUCGAAUAGUGUGUGCAGUUUGAAACCGGUCGAGGUUGUAUCCAACGAAUCAGACGAUCAUUCAACGUACAGUAGCAUGAUUAGUAUACCCGGAGCGUUAACAUUAGAAUGUCAUUCGGGCGAAAGAGUGAUAGAGGUGACGAUGAAGAACGAGGUGAAACUGCAAAUCGAGAACGGAAGCGUGACGAACAGCAGCGACGAAGACAAAAUGUGUCUUCUGUUGCAGAAACUCGCGACCAGUCCAACAGUCAAGGACGACGUUCCUAUACCCACCGAAGGGUCCAGCGAAAACGUCGAGGCGGAAGAGGAAGAGGAAGAAGAAGAAAGACCGCAAAAGAUCAGACGUUGUUCCUCUUUGAAAACCGGGAAGACACCACCCGGCACGCCGGGGAGAAAGAAGAUUGUCAGAUUCGCAGACGUUUUAGGCCUGGAUCUCGCCGAUGUGCGAACGUUUUUGGACGAGAUUCCGAAAGUACCCAAUUCAGCUUACAGCGAUUUGAUAUACAACGACAUCUUCCAGAAAGAUACCAGUCCGGUGAAUACUAUUUCGAACACUUGGGAUAACCGGUACAUAGACAACAGAAGGGGAUCAAGCUGCAUAGUACCUUCUCGAAAAAUGGACAGAACACUGGUGCCUAUGUUCCAACAGCCUGGAGGUCUACCAAAUUUCCUAGACGUUGUCCGGGAGCGUCGAGUUUGCCUGGAGAACGUUCUCGUCCAGGAUCCAGUCUCUUUGUGCAUUCAGGGUAGCGUCCGGGUGAUCAAUCUGGACUUCCAUAAAUCGGUCCACAUCAGGUACACAUUGAACUCCUGGAGGAACUUCAGCGAUCUGCAGGCCACCUACGUGCCGAACUCCUGCGACGGUUUUAGCGACAAAUUCUCGUUCGUUCUUUAUUGUCACACGCUGGCGGUUGGGCAAAGACUCGAGUUCGCCGUUCGUUUCCAAUGCAAAGGCGUACAAUACUGGGACAACAACGCCGGGGCCAAUUACUGUUUCCAGUGUCUACCGGCAUCGUCCACGGUCGGAUACAUACCGAUCACCGCGUCGGAAAGCCGAGAACACGACUGGUCGCCGAUGUUUUACUGAUGGACUCUCUGAUCGUCGGUGUUUGUAAUGGUUUACCGAAUGGGGACAGGGAUAUCUCACAAGAGAAGAGCGUGGACAUUAAAACGAACCCGGCUAAGGCUAAAACUAGCGACCAAGACAGCCUACGGAUACAUAAACGUUCCUAAUGUGUGUACCUAUUGCACGUAAACUGUCCUGAAAGACGGGAAGAACAGGUUGGAUAACGAAAGGAGCAGGGAUUUACACUGGCGUCAAUUAUUCUUUCGUGCCAUUUCCUCGCGAGUUCUCCGAGUGGACCGGAAGAAUUUGACGCGGCCGUUAGACUGACAUUUUUUACACGUUCGUUGUUCCUUGUUUAC